UCGGGCAUCAAACCCAUGACCUUGGUCAUCAGCACCUUGCUUUACAUGACUAUUGUAACUAUAGCAGGUUUAGAAAGUUUGCUUUGUGGGGCUUCCGGUUUGGAACAUGUAGGAGCAAGACGUGCGAAUGAGAGUCUCCUGAUAAUCUGAUCACAUUUACCUUAAAACUCCUGCUUUAAUUCAAUUUUGCGUCAAGUUAACGGUUUUUAUAACAUAUAAUUUUCAUUUGUCAUCUUUUUUUUUUCUUUUACUACCGGAACAUGCCGUCUACUCAGAAGAACAAAGACUCAGAAACUAAAAGGUCUACACUAAGUAGCAAGGUAGCUAGCAUGGCGACUGCUGCUAGCACUGAUGACCUUGCCAUGAUGUUGGCUAAAGAAAUGGUAAAGCAACGCGAAUAUUUCAAAGAGGACAUGGCCGAAUUGAUUGAAUCGUCUCUGGCGCCUAUCCAGGCAUCUAUAGCGACUUUUCAUGAAACUAUGGACACACUGGGAAAACGAGUAACUUCGGUGGAGAUAACCACAGGCGACAACUUUGAAGCCCUGGCUAAAGCUGAGAAAGCCAUCACUGACCUACAAGCUAUGAAUGCUACGUUGGUUGACCGCAUGGAGGAUAUGGAGAACCGAUCAAGGAGGGCGAAUCUUCGCAUUAUAAAUGUGCCAGAGGCUAGCGAUACCAAAGACAUGGUGACACACGUCUCCACACUUCUGAAGGACGUCAUGGGGAGCCAAUUUAAUACAUUGCCUGAACUGGACCGUGCGCAUAGGAUUCUGAUACCGAAGCCUAAAAAUGGCCAGCCACCUAGACCCAUCAUUGUCGCCUUCCACAGGUAUCAAGACCGCGAGCGAGCUCUGCGUUGGGCAAGGCAAAACAACGUAGUGUACCAGGGAAAUACACUGAGAUUUUACCCUGACCUUAGUGCUGGGCUCUCCAGGAAACGCGCUGCCUUCAAGAACGUCAAGGGGGCUCUCUAUCAGAAGGGAAUCCAAUUCAGGCUUCUCUACCCUGCGCGCCUACGAGUGACCUAUGGAGAGGAAACUUUGAUGUUCGAGACGCCAGCCGAUGCCGAAGCCUUCUACUCCCAACGAGUGCAGGGGAGCUAGGACCAGCACAACAUCCAUCUAGCCACACCGGGUAAACUGUUGCCUAAUGCCUAAUAACUGUGAGACUGUUCAUACGGACUGGAUUUAUGGUUUCAGUAAGGCAUGUUCCAGUGGACUGUGGAAAGGUGAAUUUCCCUUUCCACCGUGAACAGUAACAUGGACUAAUUAACUCUCGUUGCCCAGCAAAAGCGGGAGAAAGAGACGGUACUCCCAUUGACCCGCAGGAGCGGGAGAGAGAGAGAGACAUUGCACGCGCACACACACACACACACACACACACGCAUAGCCAUGUCUGUCGCUAGCUACCCAUACCAUGCAGCUGUGGGCAUGAUGGGCUGUGAGAGUUUGGCGCGAGUUCGGAUGUGAACGCCAUUGUUUGUUUGCAAUGCCAUUGCUUGUUUGCAACGCGGUAUAACCGCAAUAUGAACGGAAAGUAUAAUUCACCAUUGUCACUGUUCACCUGUUUAUUAUCAUUACAUCCAUUAUCAUGGCAUAUCACCUUUACUCUCUGUUUCAGCAUACAACCCCGGUUAAUACAUCCAUACAGACAUACUCACAAUCACUCCCGUACUGCUGUUUGUUUGCGGAAGCGCGCGCCGCUAAGGAGUGGUAUUUCUCCACGUCCCACAGGGAAGGGAGAUGGUAAUUGCCAUGAGGGGUGUUUGAUGUGAUGUUUGUUAUGUAUGUUUGUUAAUAUCAUGGGUGGUAUGUGUAAAAGGUGUAAAUAUGGUAAAUGUAUUGUUAUGGGAACAUUGGUAAGCUUGGUGGUGGAUUAAUGUCUUUGUUAAUGUAAUAUAUGAUGUGAAUUAUAGGACUAAUGCAGGGAGGGUUACCCCACUUAGAUGGUUCGAUCCGAUUGGAGCUUAUUGGUCCAAUCUAGCCUAAUGGGGAGCAUUAUGAAAGCCUGCCUCAUUCCUUUGGAAGGGGUGGGUGUGAGGAGUGCUUACUGGAUGGAAGGUGAAGUACAUGCGAGUUGAAAUGCUGUUGGAAUACUUUAACUGUCAUCCCGUGCCCCGUGGUUUGUUCCUCUCCACCACUAUCUCUAGUCGCCACAUCCCCAUAACGUGGGGUGACCGAGCGGUCCCUCACAUGGACUAUGGUAUGUUAAGUUUUCAUGAUCAAAAAAAUUGUAAAUGUAGCCGUUUGGAAACGUAGGAGUUU